GAUUCCGGGGAUUUGAUGCCACACUGUUGCUUCAAUGCAUGGAGCUAGAAAAUGACAUCGACGUGGCGCGGCGUGGCUGUGGUCGAUUGGAAGUUUCCUAUUUGGUUCGGUCGUGGCACCAAAGUCCAACGGGGGGUUUACUUCUGCGAAGAUGCACUCGUCAGUCAGAGGCCACCAGAUGACAAGUCUGCUGAGCCUUUGACCCACAUGUGAUGACCGAAAGGAACUCGCAAGUGCGCUACCAGGAACCUUCUCUGCCAAACGGGGAGUAAGAUCAGCAUGCUCUCCUUUCUCUCCCUUCCAACUCGAGAUAAAGGAAAGAGAUCUUUCCGUGUAUCCGUAGUGCUGUUAGUCAUCACCAACUCCACAUCCUCACUCGCUGAUCGAGGAUGUCGAAGGAAGGAAUUAUUGAGGUCGUGGUUUCCCCAUUGUUGAAGCAUCUGGAGAAUGCCAGGCGCCGUGUUCUGGAAGUCGAGGGAAGUGAUGCAAUCUCGGAGAUCAUCUCACUGUUUGACAACAUCGGAAGGGAUAUUCGAGACAUGGAGGAUGUCUUCCGGCGAGCAGAGCGAUGGGAAAAGGACGUGGUACGCGAUUUUGGAGUGGUUGCUCGACUAGUCGACGACAUCUUGGAAGAAGAUUGCACCCUCCCCAAGUUCCAAUCCAAGCUUCGAGUCAUCGAUGCGGAGAUCUCCGACCUGAGAGGCCGCGUGACUCCACCGCUCCAACUACCUCCCGUCGAGAGUUCAGCUGCGGCAUCGUCUGGGAGUCUUCCUUCGAUGUUCAGCUCCCUGCAAGCAUCCCAAGAGUGGCGACGGCUCGAAUUGGAUAAGAAGAUCUUUGAAAGCAGCACCAUCUCUAAUCUUCUGGUGAGCUACGAGAACCUCGACCUUCAGUUGAAGUUAUGCUUGCUCUGCUUCUCUAUUUUCCCAGAGAAUGCACUCCUAAAGAAAAGGCUUAUGAUCUACUGGUGGAUCGGGGAGGGACUAGUAACCCCGAAGAAGGGGAAGACUGCCGAGGAGAUCGGAGAGGAUUGCUUGAGGAAGCUAAUCAUGAAUGGAAUGGUCGAGCCAGUAUUCAGGAAACGGAGCUCGGCCAUAGAGUACUGCAAGGUGCAUCCAUGGACGAGACGAAUGCUUAUUUCUGUGGCCAGGAGAAAUCAGUUCUUUGACUUCGACUCGGAAGGAGUUCCUCGGUCAGACUUCUCUGUGAGCCGUCAUGCUUGCUUGGUGACCGCCAGGGGAGGGGAUUCGCAGCAAACCCUCUCGAGGGGCCAAUCCAAUGCCAGUGAAUUGAUUGCGCUGUUCAACGUCGACGAGCAAUAUCUGAGACUCGACAAGAGCUGGUUCUCAGAGAUGAGGAAGAUCAAAGUGCUGCAACUCGGAAGGUGGCAGAGACAAGCGAAGCACCAUAUCGAGGUGGAGAGCACGGAGUUCUUGGAAGGACUGAGGGGGUUCAAGCACUUGAGUUACCUCUCCUUCCAAGGCAUUUCCAGAAUCACAGAGCUGCCGGCAUCCAUUGGCAAGGUCUCCAAUUUGAGGAUCUUGGAUCUCCGGGCGUGCCAUAACUUGGAGAAACUGACAUCAGGGAUCACAAACCUGAAGAAACUGACCCAUUUGGAUGUGUCGGAGUGUCACCUGCUAGAGUUCAUCCCCAAGGGGAUCAGCUCACUGUCACAGCUCCAAGUGCUGAAGGGAUUCGUCGUCGGUGACUCGAGAAGCAAGCACCCGUGUCGACUCAACGAGCUGGCCAAAUUGGAGAAACUGAGGAAGCUGAGUAUGAUCAUAGGGAACAAGGUGACAGUGACAGAGGAUGAGCUUGGCGAUCUGAAAAGCUGCAGAGCCCUUCGCUCGUUAACCAUAACAUGGAUCGUAUUGCCACCUAAGAAGGCAGUUUCGAGGCUAACAAGGAUGGCGACUAUGACAAUGACAUCACUCUCCCUUCCCGUUGGUCUUGAGAAGCUCGAUCUUCGAUGCUUUCCGGGUAAGCUGGCACCAGAAUGGUUGAAUCCUUCUGCGUUGAGGAGCUUGAAGAAGCUGUACCUCAGAGGAGGGACGCUGAAGAGCCUUGGGCUGGAAAGAUUCCCACCGACUUGGAAUGUGGAGGUGCUACGUCUCAAGUUUCUAAGUGAAUUGGAGGUGGAAUGGUCUCAAAUACGAGCAAGCUUUCCAGGCCUCGUUUACUUGGAGAUCUUCCAAUGCAGCAGACUUCGAUCCUUUCCAUGCGAUGAAGAUGGAGUGUGGGUGAAACGUGGUGGGCAGACAUCUGCUCCGGCAGCACGAGGACUUGCUGAGGGUGACCAAAGGUAGCAGAUGGGCUGUUAAUGGGCCUCACCUAGGCAUAAUAACUCAUCGGACCCAUUUGGGCCGCUUUGGGCCUCUCCCAUUUUUUUUCCUUUUUUUCUUUUUUUUUCUUUUUUUUACUUAUUAAUCAAUUGAGCUACUGAAUCGAGGGAUAAAACGAAUCACAAAGGAUCACUAGGUGAAUAUUAAAAGGAGAUUGACCUGUAUUAUAUUUUGAUCAUGUUAACAUAGAUUUUGGAUGUUUGAUGGGUUGAAGAUUCAGAGGUUCAAGAUCAAAACUUGUUGCAAGUGUCUCAAUGUCGAGAGUAGUCAAGUUUGAUCGAGUUUCCUGCAAAAAUUAUAUCAACAAUAUGUUCGACAAGGGCUCGUUCGAUGCUUAAGCUAAUAAGUGGGUUUAGAGGAUGUGAAGAAAUGUGUAUUUAGAGAGUCCUCAUAUAUAUAUAAGGCUUUUUAUAUUGGUUUCAAUAA